AUGGAUGCUCAAGAUUUGUGUCGAUGGGACAUCAUUCGAAGACAUGAGGGAAUUCUGGUCUUCAAACAGCAAACGGAUGAAGAGGCACGCAGCCUUGUCAACACUGCAGUCAGCAACAAAAUGAUUGUGGAAGACGAGAAAACGACAAACUGCGGGAGAAAAAUACAGAUCUUCUCAAAAAAUGUGAAGUCCUCGAAAUGGAAAAAAGCAAAAGCCGUCAAACAACGUCAUGAGAUGUUUCUGGAACACAUGCUCAGGAGAAUGGAGGAUGAACCAGCUUCCAUGAAAAGAAAGUGGGUGACUACUUUUGUGUAA